CAGUCCCCCAAAAGGGAGGCAAGUGCCGACAAAGCAACAGCGGCGCCGCAUGUGGCCGCUGCGCUGUGCCAGGCGCAAGGGUGGCUCCCCCGCAUUUCGCCAAUCCUCAAUGUGCCAUCGCCAGCUGAUUGGCGAAAUUUGGACGCGACAGCACUCCUCAUCGCCCGCCCAUCGCCAAAGCUGCCACGAGGGCCAGAAACACUGGCACGCACCACCACUUGGGUCUGGCCCCUUGCACCAGCCUCCAAACCCGCAUCUCCUGCUGCCACAUAUAUCGCCGGACCACAGUGCACGGUGUCGGGGCGUGAACAGAGAAUUCUGUGAGGACAGUGCCGGGGCAACCAUGGCGGGAGACGCAGGGGAGCAAGAAAUCGUGCCGAAUGGAAAGACAGGCACGAUGUGGACGGCGGUGGGACACAUCUUCUGUGCCGUGGUGGGCGCGGGCGUGCUGGGCCUGCCAAACUCGGUGGCCUGGCUGGGCUGGGUGGCAGGGCCCAUCUGCCUGGUCGUGUUUUUCGCCGUCUCAAUGUGGAGCUCCCACCUGCUGGCCCGCCUGUACUUCGUGGACGGCAUCGAGUUUGCGCGCUACCACCACGCCGUGCAGCACAUCCUGGGCCGCCCGGGCGCCAUCGCCAUUUCCAUCUUCCAGCUGCUGAACCUGGUGCUGUCUGACAUUGCCUACUCCAUCACCGGCGCCAUUGCCAUGCAAACCAUGGCCGACCUAAUUGGUAGCAGCUUCCGUUCUGAGUGGAAACUGGUGCUCAUCAUGGGCGCAUUCGAACUCGUCUUCUCGCAGAUCCCCAGCCUGGAGGAGAUUUGGUGGGUCAGCGCACUUGGCACAGCCAGCUCGCUGGGCUACGUCACGAUUUCGCUCAUCCUGGGCCUGGUGUACAGCGGCAACCGCGGGGGCACCGUCGGCGGGCGACCGGGCACCUCCCCAGCUAACAAGGCAUUCGGCAUGCUUAACGCGCUCGGCAACAUCGCCUUUGCCUUUGGCUUUGCACAGGCAAGGGGCACGGGGGGUGGUGCGCUGCCUGCUAUCUCCUCCUGCAGCACAAUUGGAAGACGUGGCCCACGGCUGGACCCAGGACCCCGGGGUAUCCCGAUUCCCCAGCGCUUGAUCCUUCCCUGUGUCACAACUCUGCGCCCACAGGUGCUGCUGGAGAUUCAGGACACGCUGCGGCAGCCGCCCAGGGCGGCGCGCACGAUGACGGGCGCGGUGCGCGUGGCGGUGACUGCCGCUUUUGGCUUCUACUUCUCCUCAGCCAUUGCGUGCUACAGCGCCCUGGGGAACGACGUGCCGGGGGAGGUGUUGCAGGGCUUUGAGGAUGCCCCCAACUGGGUUCUCGUAGUGGCCAAUAUCUGCAUCGUUAUCCACAUGGUCACCGCCUGGCAGGUGUGGGCGCAGCCGGUGUACGAAACGAUUGAGAGCAACGUCAAGGCUUACAUGAUCAAGCGGCAGAUGCGCUCCGCCGGCCUAGCCCCCGCGAAAGAGGAGGCCAAGUUGGAUGCAAAGGUGGCGGAGCCUCACAAGCCGUCGCCCUUUGAUGUGGGUCACCGCCCCGGCAGCGUCACGCACCAGCACCAGGCCGAAGAGGUGCACCACCUGCCACCCGUGACAGAGACCGUGGACAUGGAGAGGGGGCUGUCAGGCGCCUCAUCUGGGCGCAGCGGCCGCUUGAGUCGGCGUUCCACAGCAUGCACCUCCGGCAGCAUGGCCAUCCUGAACAGCGCCCCCAUCCCAGACCUGCUGCCCGUGGGGGGGUGGAAGCGGCGGACCCGCGGCGCCGGCUCCAAUGCCUCCCUGGCCUCCAUGGACCCACGGAAGGACAGCGCCACAGGGGCGCACCCCAACCUCAACCGCAAGAGCGCCGCCAGCCACCUGUCACGCCUUUCUGCGGCGCUGGGCAGCGAGGCAAUGUACCACAUCGAUACCGGCGCCGCCAACGAGCACGUCCCCAUGAACGAUGAAGGCUACUACCUGCCGUUCUGGCAGCGCCUGGUCAUCCGCUCCACAUACGUCCUGCUGUGCACCAUCAUCGCCAUGAGCCUGCCGUUUUUCAACGCGAUUGUUGGAUUGAUCGGCGCAAUCACGUUCUGGCCGCUGGCCGUUGGGUUCCCGUUCGCCAUGUAUGCCAAGGUGUACAAGACGACCGGCCCAAUGCUGCUGCUGAUGAAAGUGACCGCGUUUGUCAUGUUUCUGGUGGCGGUGGCUGCCACCAUUGCGUCCUGCCAGAACAUCAUCGUCUCAUGGAGCACAUAUACUUUUUUCGACUGA